CUCCGAGGAGAGAGGAGAGGCUAGGGCUUGCCUGUGUCACAGACGGUGUCGGGAGGGAGUAGGCUUUGCCAACGGAGCGAGAAUUUGCUUGCCCCAGCUCACUGACUCUGUAGCUUUCUCCCAAGGUUUGGGGGCUAGUGGCCGCCCUUGAGGACAAGGCUAUGAACAUUUACUCAGUAACCCUCAGCGGCCCAGCGCCCUGGGGCUUCAGGCUGCAGGGUGGCAAGGACUUCAGCAUGCCCCUCACCGUGUCAAGGCUGACCCCGGGAGGGAAGGCGGCUGAGGCUGGUGUCGGGGUGGGAGACUGGGUGGUGUCCAUCGGUGACUCCAUUGCGGAGGACAUGACCCACGUGGAGGCGCAAAACCAGAUCAGAGCAGCAACAGACUCCCUCACCCUCACUUUCAGCAAAGCUUUCAAAGCCGGCGGAGACCAGAAGGACUCCCUCGCCCCGGCUUCUGUUCAGCCAAAGUACUCCUUUGCCCCCAGCACGGCCAUUAACAAGAUGGCGAGGCCAUUUGCAGCAGGUGGUGUUAGUGCCAACUCAGGACCUGCUAUUAAACCUGUUGCCUACUCGCCCAAACUUAACACGCCGCGCUCACAGGGCCGUGCCAGUAUGCAGCAGCCACAAAAUGGGCACGGCGUCAGGGUGGACCACGCGCCCUGUUUUAUCCCCAACGACCGCAGCAAGAAGAGGUUGAUCCAGGACACCGAGGACUGGCAGCCCCGCACUGGCACAACGCAGUCCCGCUCCUUCCGCAUCCUGGCCCAGCUCACAGGCACCGACUUCAUGCAGGACCCAGAUGAUGAAAACAUGAAGAGGGCCAGCCUUGAGCCGACUCCUUCACCUGCCAAGGCCCAGGCAGCAGCUAAACCAGAUGGCUCAAAGACUGCAGCUGCUGCAGCAGGCGGUUCAGGUCCCUCCAGUCGACCACCGUGGGUCACCGACCCUAAUUUCGCCGACCGCUUUCGCCCGGACAAGACCAGCACCGUUGUUACCCAGCACCAGCAGCCGGCCCAGCCGACGCCCAUGCAGAACCGCAGCUCCAUCCUGCAGGCGGCGCAGCACGCCCCUGAAGAGAGUGGGAGGACCCCGACGUGCGGCGCGUGCAACAAAAUCAUCAGGGGUCGGUACCUGGUAGCGCUGGGACGUUCUUGGCACCCGGAGGAGUUCACGUGUUCACAGUGUAAGGCUGUCCUGGACGAAGGGGGCUUCUUCGAGGAGAGAGGGUCCGUCUACUGUACCAAGUGCCACGAUAAUCGUUACGCUCCCAACUGUGCCAAGUGCAAAAAGAAGAUCACCGGGGAAAUCAUGCAUGCCCUGAAGAUGACGUACCAUGUUCAGUGCUUCAAGUGUGCAGCCUGCAAGACUCCAAUCAGGAACCAAGCUUUUUACAUGGAGGAGGGCGAACCCUACUGCGAGAGAGACUAUGAGAAGAUGUUUGGCACCAAAUGCCACGGCUGUGACUUCAAGAUUGAUGCCGGGGAUCGGUUUCUGGAGGCCCUGGGCUACAGCUGGCACGACACGUGCUUCGUCUGUGCUCUCUGCCAAAUCAACCUGGAGGGGAAGACGUUCUACUCGAAGAAGGAUAAGCCCCUGUGCAAAGGCCAUGCUUUUGCUCCAGUGUGAGCGAUCGCGCCUCAUCUUCAGAGGAAGGAACAUCUCUCUCUCUCUCUCUCCGGCCCAUGGCGCACUCGUACUCGCUCUACAUCUCUUCUUCGCCAGCACCACCACACCUUGUUCAACUCGGUCCACUUUCUGUCCUGCAGACUUUGUUCCUACAUUUGAGGCUUUAACACUGUAGCUUCACAUACUGUUGCAUUAGCGUGGUAAGACAGUUCAGAUGCCACCGCCUGUAAAAUCAAAUGCUGAGUUGUGUAACUGGAAGUAGUCAAGGAAUUAUUUCAUACAAUAUAAUUCGGAACAGUGCAGGUGCAGUUUGUCUAGAUUUGAUGAUAUGAUAACUCUUCUAAUCUCGUCAUUGUUCAGUCUGAAGUGAGAUCACGUCCGUAUCUUCCGGGUUGGAGGCGUCAUCGAGCCUCUAACGAUGUCACAUAUUGCAGUAAUGACCCGUCACUACUCCUGCACUAAGUGUAGAGAAGUGUUGGCCUCAUUCAGGACCCUGGCCCACUCACCGACUCUCACCACAGUGCCUAUUAUCAUAAUGGGGGUCCAGUCGAGCAGAAAAGGGGGGGGCGUCCCAUUUCUGCUUGAGUGGACCUCAUCAUAAAAGCACUAACUGCUGAACUUCCACUUUAGCUCUGGCAAAUCAGAGCACACACUGCAGGUCAUUGGUGUAUUUUGAGGCAUGUAAUAAUCCUUAUUUGAUCCAAUUUUAAUAGUCACAUGUGGGCGAUGGGGGGGGGGCUAUUAUUGUAUUUUUAUGUUUCACACUCCUAAAGGUAAGGAGACGCGUCAGAGCUUUGAAACUAUCAUUUAUUGGACAUUUUAAUAUAAUAGGUGAAAACGGUGUCUGUGUCCCUCAUGUUUUUAUGAUAUUUUGAUUAUUCCUUUGAGUACCUUCAAGCCAUUGUUGAAUAUGUAUUUAUAUUGCUUCAGAAUGGGCGUGUAAGUGUUGUUUUUGUAGUUGCUGGACAUUUCAAAUAAAAUUGUUUAGUAUUCUCAUGUGCUGGGGCCGAAAACUAUGAGUUGAAGUGUGUUUUUGAGGUGAACCCAUGCGCAAGAUAUUCUUUAUUGUUUCCUCUUACUUACACUUGGCCCCUAAUCAAUGGACUUAUGUUUUAUUCUUUAUUUUUUGCAUUGUGCGAACAGCGCCUUUUUUUUUCUGCUGCAACAAAUACCUUCAGUCUAGACAUGCUCUAAUAAAUGAUGAAUUCAA